GAACAUAAAAAGCUAUUUUCUUUGUAUGUCCGAAAGUGACCAAAGAAUAAAGAUUCUAAAGAACUAUGAUGGAACUCCGAGAAACUUCACGGAGGGAGAUCCUGUGUAUAUUUCAGCAUCUCAAGCCAGUGAUGAAGAUUCAGGAAACAGCUCAGGAAGGACCCUUCUCAGAGUCACAGCUCCUACAGUGGGAAGAGACACUGGACCAGCUCACUUUAGUGAACUCACACCAAUGGGAGCAGAUGCCCAUGAGAGCAGUGCUUUAAGGAAAAGUCGAAAAGUGGUUGACUAUUUCUGGAUUCCCACUGACCAAGAAUAAUGUAUCAUUACCAAUAAUAUGAGGUCCUUAAAGUACACCAGAAAACUAGUAGGACACCAAGAGGGUACACACUUUACUACACUCUACAAGUUCAUGCCACUACUUUGUGUUAGACAAUGAGUUAUGUU